UUCCAGGAACGGCAAACACCGCCUGCCUAUAAAAGCACGGAGAUCCGCCUUGGUCUCUCUUUGGGACUCAUUCUCUCUCUCUCUCUCUCAGGUUGCUUCCUGACGAUAAUGGAUUCCGUGGAGUCACUGAUCACGCACAUUCAGGGGCUAUCUGGUUGUCCCGAAGAUGUUAGCCAUCUCCACUCGCUUCUGAAACAGGAGGAGGACUCUCUUCAGUCCCAGGGUUCUCGAUUGGGCUCCUUCUUGCACCUUCUGGAUCCUUCCAAACACUCUCUUGGUUACCUCUACUUUCUGGAAGCUCAUACAUCUGGUUCUGUCGUGAAAGAGGAAGCUAGUGGCUUCUUGAACAUUGUUGCCAACUUUAUCAAUGCUUGUUCUGCAGAACAGAUACAAGUGGCACCUGAUAAAUUUGUAUCUAUCUGCAAAAGGUUCAAAGAACAGGUUAUGCAGCUCCAAGUGCCAAUACAAGGAAUAGCUCCAUUGCUUGUGGCCAUUCGUAAACUUCAGCCAUCACCUGAGCACCUGACUGCUCUGCAUCCAGACUUUCUGCUCUUAUGCUUAUUGGCAAAGUGCUACAAAGCUGGUUUAAGCAUCUUGAAUGAUGACAUCUCCGAAAUUGAUCAGCCUAAGGACUUUUUUCUUUACUGCUAUUAUGGAGGGAUGAUAUAUAUAGGCCUGAAGCGCUUUCAUAAAGCACUGGAGUUUUUGCGUCACGCGACUACGUCUCCGAUGCCUGCUAUACAUGCUGUCGCUGUUGAAGCUUACAAGAAGUACAUUUUGGUUUCUCUUAUACAAAAUGGGCAGUUACCGAAUUUCCCCAAAUACACUUCUAGUGCAGCACAGAGGUAUCUUAAAUUAUAUUCUCAGCCUUAUGUUGAUUUAGCCAGUAGCUAUGGCACAGGAAAGAUAUCAGAGUUGCAGAGCUGUUUCAACUCAAAUGUAGAGAAGUUUAAGAAUGACAACAAUGUAGGACUGGUGAAACAAGUCUUAUCGUCUCUUUACAAACGCAAUAUCCAGAGAUUGACUCAAACCUACUUGACUUUAUCUCUACAAGAUAUAGCAAACACAGUGGAACUUGAGGAUGCCAAGCAAGCCGAGAUGCAUGUGCUUCAAAUGAUCCAAGAUGGUGAAAUAUUUGCUACAAUCAAUCAAAAGGAUGGGAUGGUGAGCUUUCAUGAGGACCCUGAGCAGUAUAAGACUUGUGAGAUGAUCCAGCAUCUUGAUUCAUCUAUUGCACGGAUAAUGGGUAUCUCCAAGAAGCUGAAAGCUGUAGAGGAGAGCAUUGCAUGUGACCCUUCAUAUGUUACAAAGGCUGGAAGAGAGAGGACAAGAUUGGAUUUUGAUGAUUUUGAUAGUGUUCCCCAAAAGUUUCUGGUCUGAAGUGCGCAGGUGGGAUUAUUACUGCUGGAGUUUUGAUAUCCCGGUCUGUCCUGCAAUGGGUGCAUACAAGCCAGAGCUUCCAACCAUGGGUUGUCAACAGAAACGACAACAUUUAAAGAGUCAUCGUUACCUGUAUAUCCCUUCUGCAGAAAGAAGAAAUCUGAACCUUAGGCGAUGAAUUUUUGUAAGCUUCAUGAUAUGCCUAAAAUUCAACGUAUUGCUCCUUCAAGCGGGUAUAUGAGGGAGCAAAAUGUAUUUUUGUUUUCUUCCUCUUCGCGGAAGUUAACUGCUAGCUGCAGAUAAUUGAGUUUCCAUCGGCAUAGGUCCACCACGACUGUGCAGAACAUGCUUAUCCCGACUGUUGAUGACUGCCUAAUGAAAAUUGUCUUCAUGUAGCCAAUGUUGAUCGGUUGUUGGGAAGCAGCUCUAUCCUUGAAUUCUUGAAUUAUUAGUUGGAUUCUCUAAUUCA